AUGGCAGAAACGAUCCCUAUGAUUGCUUGGUGGUUCCUCGACAAGAAAAAAGCAUUCGAAACAGAACAGAAAUAUAAGGAGACGAAUAAGAAAAUCACCGAAGUUCUCCUUGCUCAAGAACAGGAACGUUCGGCUCGGCAGGAAGCCGAAAGAAAGGAAGAGCAAGAACGCUUAGCACGAAAAGAAGCAGAGCGCCGCGAAAAACAAGAGCGUAUAGCUCGGGAACAAGCCGAGCUUAGAGAAGAUCAGGAGCGCUUAGCUCGAGAACAUUCAGAACACAGAGAAGCGCAAGAACGUCUGGCCCGAGAGGAGGCAGAGUCCAGGGAAGAACAACAACGCGUAGCUCGGAAUGAAGCAGAGGCACGGGAGAGAGAAGAACGUAUAGCCCGAGAACAAGCAGAGAAAAGAGAGGGAGAAGAACGCUUAGCUCGACGAGAGGCAGAACAGAGAGAACGGCAAGAACGUUUGGCUAGAGAGCAAGCAGAAUACAGAGAAGAACAUGAACGUCUAGCUCGGCAAGAAGCUGAGCUUAGAGAGGAACAAGGGCGCUUAGCCCUAGAACGAGCAGAGCUUAACGAACGUUUAGCUCGAGAGGCCGAGAGGAAAGAAAGAUAUGAGCGUGAACUGCGCGAACUUGGUGUUCUACCAGACCGCAAAAUCACCGAUGCCGAUAUCAAGUAUGCCCGCACCAUAGCAGGGUACGAAGAUGGAUGCAUUAAUAUCGCCUUUAUCGGCAACCGAGGGACGGGCAAAUCUUCUCUCAUCAACUCACUGCGCGGUUUAAGUCACGGCGAUCGAGACGCGGCCGAAGUAGGUGAUAUCGAAACAACAUUAAGACGAAAAAAGUAUAAAGACAGCAAAAGCAUUGUCUGGUAUGAUAUCCCGGGAUCCGGAACUCGAAGCGUUUCAGCAUGGCAGUAUUAUUAUGACAACGAUCUCUAUAUUUACGAUAAGAUCGUGCUCGUCCACGGUAAAAUUCUGACCGAAUCAGACUUCAGAAUCCUGAAGCUAUGCCAAUACAGAAAGCAAGAGUGGGUUUCUGUGCGUUCCAAGGCCGAUUUACACAUAUGGAACUAUAAACGACGAAAGGGAAUGUGUCCCACGGAGGCUCGUCAGUUUUAUAUCGACGCUGUUCGGUCAGACACAGCUACGUAUAACGCACGAAACGAGAAUUCGGUUGAAGAUUUAAAGCUGUCUGUGAAAGACUACAUAGUAUCCGACAUGGGUGUCCUCCAGCUCGUCACUAGAUCCGAGCCAUCCGAAGACCCCAUCGAACAAGUAGUCGACGAAUCCGCCUUCCUAGAGGAAUUGGGAUUAUCGACUGGACAAAUGAAGAGUGAAUAG